UAACAGGUGUAUCCCACUGUUUUAUGCCCGACCUGACACAUUCCAGCCAUAACACACAAAAAUAGGACAGGGAGUUGUUUGCAGCAGAUCUACAGCCUAAAAGUGAAUAUUCAGAAAUUGAUGAAGAUCAGAUUACAAGUAUCAGCUUGUACAGUCUGCCCUACCAAUGAAAACCAACAGAGAGCAGCUAUGGAAUAAACACUGCCUCCGUGGUCUUGUGAUAGAGCGUCCGCCCGGAAGGUCCGGGGUUCGAUCCCCAGCCGCGUCAUACCAAAAAGACGUUAAAAGAUGAUCUAAAAAUGCAACUUCACCCUUCCAUGACAAACCCAUAGUUACGUAAACAAACUAAAACUGAGAUGGCUAGCUCAGGUGACCUCACACGUGUGUCACGGACACAGGAUGACCUUGAGGAGAAGGUGAUGGAGGUCAUCACGUCAGGUGGUACUCCACAGAGUGCCAACUCAGCUGCACUUGAUCUUCAAAUACGAGAUGCCAAAGGAAUCUUUGUUGAAACGGAGAGCUUCAGAACUGUGAAAAGAAAACUGAUUGACUUUGGACAUGUUACCAUCUGUGGUGCUUCAGGAGAAGGCAAAACAACGGCAGCUCUUGUGCUGGGUUCACAGUAUAGACAAAGGGGGUACACACUUGCAUUUGUGGACAGAAUUGAACAGUUUGACUUGGACAGCUUCAUGAGCUCAUCACAUAGAAUAUUUCUGAUCAUAGACGAUAUGUUUGGGACUGUUGGAUUAUCUACAGAUGUUUCACAGCAGAAAACAUUUCUCAACAAGCUUCAUCGACACAUUAAACACAGCAAAAAGACAUCUGAUAGGCAGGGCCCACCAAGAAAGCAGCAAGCUAAGGAAGGAGGUGAACAUGAUAAUGAAACGAGUGCAGGUUCUGACCCAGUUGAAAUACCAAAAAAGGACAUUCGUGUUGUCUUUACAUCCAGCACAUAUAACUUCCAUGAUGAACUUGCCCAGCUUCAGUAUGAGGGAUUCUCACUGUUCAAGGGACAAACAGUGGUGAAUUUAACAAAAGAAAAGAAACACAGAUAUACUCCAGCAGAGAAAAAGGCUAUAUUUGAGCACCACAGGAAAAUACAUAGAGAAUCUUCCAAUGAAGACUGUGAGGAUCUACUUGACUCCAAACCGUGGGACAUCGACUCAAAUAUAGUUGGAAUUCCCCUUGCUUGCAAACUGUAUUUUGAAUUUUCAUCUCUUUGCCAAAAUGCCAAGAAAUUUUUCCAGGAUCCACUGUAUUAUCUUCGGCAAGAACUUAAAAACUUACUGAGGUCCGGAACUGAUCAGUCGGCAGUAUUGGUUCUGAUGCUACUGAAUGAGGACAAGAUGGAUUUGACCAAGUUGGAAACAGACGGCAAGGACCAGAAACUGGACAACAUGGUCAGAACUGUUCUAGAGUUCAUGCCAUCAGCUUCAUAUUCAGGGAUGUACAAAGCAGCAAAGACUUUAAGAGGAACAUUCUUUACAUGUGGUGCUCUUGUUGGAUUUGCACAUUCUUCAAUAUAUGAUGCUUGUGCUUGUGCUUUGUAUGACAUCAGUCCAACAUUUGUGCUGACUCACUGCAGUGACAAUUUCAUAUAUCAGCGAGUGCGACCACAACCAGUACAGAAAAGCAAAAUUGAUGAUCAUCUCCACAUGAUCUAUGUCUCCGAAGUACAUUACGAUAUCCUAACUACAAGACUUGCUGAGUCAAUAAAGCAUGGGCAGUUUUCAACAUCGGUGACACACCCCAUUCUCCACCAAGAAAAGAUAGCUCUUCAACUGCUUAAAAAACUAUGCCAUGAUAGAUCCAUGGAUGAACGUUGGUUUCACAAGAGAGAAAAUGGAAAAUGCUUUUUGUUUUGGGCUGUGCUUGGACAUAAUGCAAAGUUGGUUCAAAAUGUAGAACAACAAACUGGAGGAAAAUUCACUCAAACAGAGAUCACCGAAGCCAUGGUAGGUUGUGUGCUCAAAAACAACCUGACAGCAUUGAAGUGGCUUUUCCCUGGAAGUAACAAUCCAGGGAUACUUUCACAAAUUAACAAGUUGCUUCUACUGGCUGCUGAAAACUGGAGUUCUGAAACACUUGUUCAUCUGCUAGAAAAAGGAGCUGAUGUAUUUACAACUGAUGGAAACUUACAAAACAUCAUACAUCUGAUUUGCAAGACAGGACAAGAGAAAACACUGAAGAUACUAAUUAAAACCAUGAGCAGACUGUUUAAUGACCAAGUGAUGAACAAAGUCAUGAAUUCAGUUGAUGCUAAGGCCAGGACACCACUCAUGGUUGCAGCCCUAAAUGGAUCUGAAGGAUGCUUUCAGUUAUUGAAGUCAUUAUCAAAUUCAAACAAACAAAACAAAGACAUCCAUGGGAAUGAAAUACUUCAUCUUGCCUGCCGUGGUGGUAGCACAGCUAUAGUACAGCAUCUUGUAUCACGUUCUAACAUCAACAGCAAAGCUUGGUGUGAUUUGACUCCCGUAAUGAUGGCAGCUGUAGGGGGUCAUCAAGGUGUGUUUGACCUGCUUGUGUCGAAGCAUGCUGACCUGACAAUGGUGGAUAGGUAUGGGGACAGUAUACUUCAUCUUGCUUGUCUGGGUGGCAACGAAGCUAUUGUUCAACAUCUUGUGUCAUCUCUGAACAUCAACAACAGAGAUCUACAGGGAUGGACACCGAUAAUGAUGGCAGCUGCUGCGGGUACUAAAAGUGUGUUUGACCUCCUGGUGUCAAUGCAUGCUGACCUGACACAAGUUGAUGUCUGUGGUGACAGUUUACUUCAUCUUGCCUGUCAGGGCGGUGACACAGCUAUUGUACACCAUCUGGUGUCAUCUUCAAAUAUUAACAGUUUAGGGAGGCAUGGAUGGACACCGAUCAUGAGAGCAGUUGCAACACAUCAUCAAAGUGCUUUUGACCUCCUCCUGUCAAGACAUGCUGAUCUGACACUAGUUGAUGACUAUGGUGACAGCUUACUUCAUCUUGCCUGUCAAAUUGGUAACACAGCUAUUGUGAAAUAUCUUGUGUCACCUUCAAACAUCAACAUCACUGGCAAACAUGGAUGGACACCAGUAAUGACAGCAGCUGUUUCAGGUCACAAAAAUGUGUUUGACUUCCUAAUCUUGAAGCAUGCUGACCUGACAUUGGUGGACAAUGAUGGUGACAGUUUACUUCAUCAUGCCUCUCAAGGAGGUAACACAGACAUAGUGAAUCAUGUCGUGUCACCUUCAAACAUCAACAGCUGCGGUAAACAUGGGUGGACACCAGUAAUGACAGCAGCUGUUGUUGGACUUGAAAGAGUGUUUGACCUCCUCGUAUCAAAGCAUGCUGACCUGACGUUGAUGGACAGUUAUGGUGACAGUUUACUUCACCUUGCCUGUCGUGGUGGUAACACAGCUGUAGUGCAACAAGUGUUGUCACCCUAUAACAUCAAUAAGAGAGGGCUAUUUGAAUGGACACCGGUUAUGGUAACCGCCUUCUAUGGUCAGCCAAAGGUGUUUGACCUUCUAGUGUCCAAGAAUGCGGAUUUGACACUGGUGGAUAUGUUUGGGGACAGUGUACUACAUGUUUCCUGUCGUGGUGGAAAUGAAACUAUUGUACAGCAUCUUGUGUCACCUUCAAACAUCCAUAAACGAGGACAGUUUGCAUGGACACCCGUAAUGGCAGCUGCUUUCAAUGGACAUCAGGGCAUUUUUUACCACCUUGUAUCUAAGAAUGCAGACUUGACACUAGUGGACAACUUUGGUGACAGUUUACUUCAUCUUGCUUGUCGGGGUGGUAACCCUGCGAUAGUGCAGCAUCUUGUGUCACCUUCUAACAUCAAUGUUCAAGGUAGAAAUGGAUGGACACCAGUAAUGGCAGCUGCUUCCAAAGGACAUCAAAGUGUCUUUGACUUCCUUGUAUCUAAGAAUGCAGUCUUGACGCUAGUGGACAACAAUGGUGACAGUUUACUUCAUCUUGCUUGUCGUGGUGGUAACCCAUCUGUUGUACAGUAUCUUGUGUCACCUUCUUACAUCAACAGAAAAGGACAGCAGGGUUGGACACCAGUAAUGACAGCAGCUGUUGUUGGUCAUCAAAAUGUGUUUGAGCUCCUCGUUUCAGAGCAUGCUGACCUUACACUGGUGGACAAUAAUGACAACAAUAUAAUCCAUCUUGCCUGUGAGGUUGGUAACACAGCUGUAUUAGAGCAUCUUGUGUCACCUUCGAACAUCAACAGUCGAGGGCAAUGUGGCCUGACACCUGUGAUGAAGGCAGCAGUUGCAGGGCAUGUAAAUGCGUUUGACCUCCUGGUGUCAAAGAAUGCAGACUUGUCAUUGAAGGGGAACUUUGGGAAUUCACUUAUUCACCUUGCCUGUGAGGGUGGUGACAGAGAUAUAUUACAACGUGUUGUGUCACCUGCGAACAUCAACAAUAGAGGGUUACAUGGAUGGACAUCAAUUAUGAAAGCAGCUGCAACUGGUCAUCAAGGUGUGUUUGACUUCCUUGUGUCGAACAAUGCUGACUUGCUAUUGGUCGAUGACUAUGGCGACAGUUUACUUCAUCUUGCCUGUCGGGGUGGUAAUACAGCAAUAGUACAACAACUGAUAUCACCCUAUAACAUCAACAGUACAGGGUCGAAAGGAUGGACUCCAGUUGUGACAGCUCUGUACUAUGAACGUGAAAGUGUGUUUAACCUCCUUGUUUCACUGCAUGCUGACCUCACACUGGUAAACAGCCUGCAAGCUUCAACAUUGGAAGAUUAACACUGUGCAGUUGUGAAAGCAGGCAGCCAUUCAAGGAUUCCUCUGUUGUACAACAUCAGGGUUCACUCUAGGAAUUUUCUGACAUGGGCCCUUUAUUUGAAAAUUUCAAAUAUUCAAGAGGUACACCCACACUUGCCCAUACAGCACAAUGUUAUAAUGCCCCUUUGUAUUUGAAAAUGUGGCCCUUUUUUCAUAUUUAGGGCCAAAAAAACUCAAGGCCCCACCCCAGAAUUAUCCCUGCAACAUUCUGUGUCACCUGAAACAUUUGCUAGCCUGAAUUUCUACUAGCCACCUUGAACAUAGGACAAUUUGAUGCAGGCUAGUAUCAAGUUGCAUCCCUGAGGAUAUUAAAUUUCAGGUCAUAUCUGCAGUCAUUAAGGGUUGAGGUAAUAUUUACCAAUUUUGUAUGAUGGCGUUUUUGUAGUUUAUCAGCUGAUCAUCAUACAUAUAUUCCUAGUUACUGAACACCAUAAACUAUGUGCUUUCCUUGCUGUGUGGACUGUAAUGUAUUUUUGAUUGUCAUUUGGAAUAUGCACUUAUGAUACAGGUCAUAGAGAAUGGUGUUAGGGAAUUGUUUUAGUGGACAACAAAUGUAUAUGCAGUUUCAAAGGCUGUGGUGGGUCUUGUGAUCAAAUCAUUUGCUCAUUGUUCAAAUUCAGAUCUACACAUGGGAUCAAUGGGUAAAGUCCAGGAAUGUCAUCAUAUAUUGCAAAAUCAAUAAAUUUGUAAUAUUGAUUCUGUAUCAAUACAAAUUUAUGAAUAUUGGUACUGAAUUAAUAAUUCACUGUCACUUAAAUGUUUAUAUUUACGAAGAUCACCAUGACGAACAUGGGAAUAAAAAAGCAGGAAAAAAAUAGAUUUUAAACAUUUAAUGGAUCAGCCUUGUUCAUAUUAUCUUCAAAUUUAAUAAUUGCAGGUCUAUAUACAUUCAGAUGUAGAUGUCUUACCUAUACACGUACCGAAUAUUUAAUGUUGUUAUUAAUCAAUAUUAUACAGCGGUUGAAACUAAUAGUUUAAGUCCACUAGUCCUUAUAAUGAUAGUAUAUAGCAAAACCUUUACAAAUGUCAAAAUUCUACUAGUCCUUAGGAUACCUUUACUUUUGGGCAGUUUGGCAAGGACUAUAGGACUAGUGCCAAUUUCUAACCCUGGAUAUAUCUUUUUGAUAUACGUUUGAGUCAAUAAAUUGGCAGUAAAAUUUCCAAUCAGUGACACCUGCAAGUGAAGCCCACUCAUGGUAUCCCAGCCAUGACAUGCAUUUUGCAAUGUAUGCCUCCAAAAAAACCUGCCAAUUUGCUCACUAUCAGUGUGUACAUGCGACCAUAUCAUUGGAACCUAACACAUACAUACAUGAUGUAAGCUACAUUGCAGACAGGCUCUUCACAGUUGGUGAUAUUGUUCUACUUCAAAGUAAAUUACAGGUCAAAUGUGUCGCAUAGAUAAUGUGUAUUGUUUUAUGUUUAAAUAAGAUAUCUGGUCAUCCAAAUGGUAAAUGGGCAGCCCCAUGUAAAUUGAGACGAUUUAAGGUUUUGUUAAAUUUUGACUGCCACCUCUGUCAUUUUGAAUAAACACAAUAAUAUACCACAGACACUGACUCGUCUAUGAACGAUAUGACCGAUAAACUACAUAUUACUUUAACUGCUUCAGAUGCUUAGAACGCCAAUGUUAUGAAAAGAAAUGUAUUUUGAUUUGAUUGUUCUAAUAACAUUUACUUGUGUGUCUAUAAUGGAAAUAUAAAAUCUUGUAGUCUAUAUACCAGUGCUAUUUUUAGAAGGCAUGUUUUAGUCGUGAAUCAUGGGUCACUGAGUCCAGCGCUGAUGUGGAAGAUUUCACAGUGUGUUGUAUGUAUUUGUGAUUCUCUCAUGUUCUUUGGACUUGUUCAUGGAUUACCUAAUCAUAGAAAACAUCCAAAACAUAAGUAUACAUAAUGGUUAUUUGGAUUUAUAUCAGCUUGAUUGAAAUGUUACCUACAUUGUAAACAUAUUCUCCUCUAAACCAGGAAAAUGUUAUGUGCAAGCACGUGUACUAUUGUAUAGUGUACUAUAUAAUUUGCCGUUGGGCUUAAAAUAAGUUCAAUAAAAUUACGUAGAAGGUUCUACUAGAAGGUUUCUUUUAUUCAAACCUUUAUAAUCCAUGGAAAGGCACAGCCUUAAAGGGGAAGUGUACAUGCAAAAAUCACUUUCUUUCUUUUUCUAAACAAAACGCAAUUUUAGAAUUAAUUAGUAUCUGUGU